UUAAAAAGCUUUUGUUCAAGGUGCACCUUGCAUUUGGCACAUAUGGUGUGUGUCAUUCUUUCCCGGAAAAUGCACUGACCGUGACAUUUUAGGGUUUCUUGUGAAUAUGGUUUCCCCUUCAAUGAUCUGCCAUCCACAUCUUCAACUUGAGAAUUACUAUAGUGUUGUGUCGGGGGACAUUCACAUCUUCCACAUCUUCUCACAUCUUCCAGCAUGUUUCCACCAUGUUUCCCCCUGAGGUGGGGGAGCAACUCUCCAAGACCUUGUCCAAGUAUCGCUGCUCCGACCCCAACGGCAACGGCCCGAACGGCCCCGCCACGGCCGGGCGAGCGGGGCUCCGUCCCAGCUGCGUCUUAUACGACGCGCAGCGUGACGUGAUCACCUUUGCGGAUUUCGUUUGGAGCGAUGAACUCCACGGCAUGAGCUGCGUGGAUCGCCUGUGCGAGGCCCUGCGGCCCUUUGCCGACGAGCGCUACGCCGAGGAGCUCCGCGCCGGCUACGCCAAGACGGCGCGGUGCCGCGGGCGACGCGCGGACUGCUCCGGGCAACAGGCCUGCUUCGCAGCACCUUGCUCUCCCAGGAGUGAGUGCAGUGAGGACUCCGAUGGCCAAAUGGCCAGGUCCAAUCUUUGUCCUACCAUGUGACGUGGACCCGGAGAGAUGUGAGAUCCUCCAGGUUCCGAAUUCAGAACUCGAGGAGGUUGGGACCCCACGUGCUCCCCCGUGCUCGGAACUCGGCUCCGAACUCGCCGUUUCAGGGUUCUAAGAGCUAAGUGGUGCCUUUUUUUUGGACAGGGGGGUCUCAUGGGGUCUCCAGCAAGAACUACAAAGUCUUCAAGAAGAUCAUGCUUGACUUUCAUGACCCUCAUUUCCUCUUGGUCGGGACUGCGCACCCACCUAAGGUUUGGGUUGUGUCAGCGCCCAUGCAGCGGAAUUUGAUGCCAGUCACUGCGGAUGGACGACAUCCUGAGCCUGCCAGUGAUUGACC